CUAGCCUACUUCCGGCGAGUGAAAGUGAAAAUCUUUUUUGAAGUUAUUCGAUCAUUUUGAAAACACUACACACAAUUGAAAGUUAUUUUGGUAAUGUUGUUAACUAACUGUGCAUACUUUCUAUUUCAUGGUAUUCGAUAUGGCGGGUUUCAGGCUCAAAGGACCGAGAAUGGUAGUUUGGGCAUUUGCUACAGAAUAAUCAGAUUCAUCAAAUAAUAAUAAUCAGAUUAUAAAUUCGACAAAAAGAAUGAAAUGACAAACAUGAGGUUAACAUAUGCAUUGACGAAAUGUAUCCAACAAACAGUAUUACUGAUGCCAUAUACAAGACAAUACAGUAGUAGCAUACCAGCACUGCCAAAACUGACACUAUACACCAAAGAAGAAUGUUCAUUAUGUGAUAUUGCUAAAGACACACUGCAGCCUUAUAAACACAUGUAUAUAUUUGAGGAGGUGGACAUCACAGCAGCUGGAAAUGAAGAGUGGUUCGAAAAGUAUAAACAUGAGAUUCCGGUGUUUCACUUGAAUGGACAGUUUCUUAUGAAACAUAAAGUGAACACUAAACUAUUGCUAAGGAAGUUACAAGAAAUUGAGGGAUACAUUGAAGAUCCAUAGUCUUAGGGCAUGAAGGGUAUUUUAUUGCUAUCUAUGUGGUAGUAGCAAAGUCCGGAUUUGAAGGAUGGCAAAUAGAAUGAUUAACCAGGCCCAUAGCCAGGAUUUGCAAAGGGGG